AUGCCUCUGGACGCGCUGUACCAGCAAGUCAAGCGCGACCGUCUUCUUCGUUACGAGCAAGCACUCGCUGAUGGCACCUACCGACCUUAUGUCUGGCCAUGGGACACUCUCCCGGCUUUGUGGCUCUUCCUGGGCGUCCUAAUCCUGCCAAGGCUUUCUCUUCGCAUAGCCGGAUUCUUGCGUCCGCUUCUGAUACUCUUGAUGGUCGGGCAGGGACUAUGGACUUGCUAUCGGUGUCGUGCGAUUGAUAUGGCCGGCGGCUACGGCAUUGGGCUUACGAAUGAUUGGUGUUUCAUCAUGGCUGGCGCCUUGCUUGUCUUCAACGAUGUGAAGGAGGAUGUCAAGCGGUUGGAAGAUCGGCCAUAUGUGGAGGGCGAGAAAAGUACCUCGCAGAACGGAUCGACUUCGUCAGCCGUGGAUGAGAAGGAUGCUAGACAAAGAACGGGUCAGCAGCAGCUUAACGGAGCUGAGAGAAUCGCCAACAAGACUUCUGACCACACAACCUCACUUCAAUGGCAGACAUAUCCAGACUCUCUCGGCCACUGCAGCGAAUGGAUCAUCGACCUGCUUACUUGCUUUCGGGGCGUAAACUGGAGCUUUCGCGCGCCAUUACUUGGACCUAUCGAAGGGGUCCAACCUGCCUACCCAGACAGAAAGCAGUCCAAAGCAUCACGAUCGCUUCGAGUCGAGAAGGACAUCUCUGUCGUCCGCGGCAAAGCACUCCGCGACAUCGUGUUCUGGUACAUCAUGCUCGACCUGGCGAAGACUCUUGUCAUCCACGACCCAUACUACUUUGGCUUCGCGGAGCUCGAUACUGCGCACCCACUUCAACUUCUUCGGGGACACAGACAUCUCACAAAACUCGCACGCCUGUCAAUAUCCAUGUUCAGCGUCGUCGUUGCACUAUCUUCGAUCUUCACACUCUGCCCCCUGAUCUUCCCCAUACUGCGCAAAGUCCUCCCACCGUCAACCAUCGCGACGCCUCUCAGCCAUCCAUCGAUGUACCCACCCUUCUGGUCACAAACCCCAUUCACCGACAUAGCCAACUCCGGCCUCGCCGCAUUCUGGUCCAAGGUCUGGCAUCAAAUGUUCACCUUCGGAAUCUCCCAACCCUCCCUAUACCUCACCCAACACAUUCCCUACCUAGCCCGCAAAGGCCCACGCUCCCAGACCGCAAGAGCAGUCCAACUGCUCACCGCAUUCCUCGCCACAGGCAGCAUCCACGCCAUGGCCGCAUGGACAUCCUUCCCAGCGAACCCGGCCAGACCGCCGCGACCAAUCUGGGGCAGCGGGCUGUUCUUUGUGCUGCAGGCACUGGGAAUCAUGGCGCAAAGCACGUUCAGCAGGGCUGUGUCGAGCAAGCGGUGGCCCUUGUGGUCAAGGAAAGCCGGCAAUGUACUAUUCGUGCUGGUUUGGCUGUGGUUCACGGGACCGAUCUUGUCAGAUGACUUUGCAAAGUGUGGGGUGUGGCUAUUUGAGCCGAUACCGAUAUCGCUGUUCAGGGGUUUGCUGGGGGAGGGGUGGUGGUGUUGGGGCGGGAGGUGGGCUGGGCUGAUUUACGGGGAUGGAGUGCCUUGGUACAGGUGGGGCAUUGCUGUUUACUGA